AUGCACGUCUCCAUCAAUGCAGUAAAGGAGUUUGUGGGUGCAAAUGGACUCACUCAGAGGGAGCUAGUCCCUGGAAACAUCGUCUUACCUAAACGGAAUGAAAAAAAUAUUGAUUUUAAUUUCAACAUGGGCUGCACGACAUACAGAGUAAAUGUGACUGCCAUAUCACCAGACUUCAGCUAUCAUCCUCCAUGGAGUCUCCAUUUCACAACCGAAGAAGCUGUCCCUCCUGAUAUCGCUCCGCCAAUACUUUACGGAGUGACGGAAUCUGGAACAAUUAUGGUCGUCCUGCCCAGGGCCUCCGAGAUAUUCGGACCAGUGUCACAGUAUCUAUUGGUGGUAGUGCCUGAGAGUUGGACCACCGCUAACCUUUCGGCUGAUGAUUAUCAUUUAUCUGACAAUGGAGGGGACAUUGUGCGGAUCUCAAACAUUGCACCCCAUGCACUACAUCCUGAAGACUGGCCAUACGUUGCAGUCAAAUUCCUUGGACAAGAUAUCCCUUAUAUAUUUAACCUUGGAGACAAUGCUUCUUCUUAUGGAUAUUUCAACCGGCAGUUGCAAAAGCACAAGCGUUACAGGAUAUUUCUUCGUGCCCGUAUCGACAGGAUCGUCACGCGGUACUAUGCCAACCAAAACAGCACAUUUCUAGCCCUGAGGGAUUGCCGAUGUGCUCACCAUCUACGGCAUCCUUGUCUGCUUGGCACCUGUCUUGCACGAGACGUUCCCAAUGACUUAAAACCAAUGAAAUCAAAAGUCAUUGCUUGUCGCAUCCAUUUCCAAUUGGACAGGGCUCCAAAACUCAAAUAUGACAUUAGCACCACUAAUUGA